AAAGGUCAUGAGUAGAGCAGUAGAUUGAAGAGCAUUCUGGGAAGUGGAGUUCUAGUCCAUCAGAGAGCAGCAAACUGCAGGCAGCAGAGACCGUACUCCUGCAUGAGUUCACCUUCACAUUUAUAACUACUCUCAAAAACAGGCCUCCGGAUUCCUUACAUCAUGAACGGGUCAGCAACGUAUACUACGCCUACCGUGCUGGAUAUACAGUUGAAAAGAGGACCACAAGGUCUGGGUUUUAACAUCGUGGGGGGUCUGGACCAGCAGGAUGUCCUGAAUGACAGUGGGAUCUAUGUGGCCAAAAUCAAAGAGAAUGGAGCUGCAGCGCUGGAUGACAGAUUACAAGAGGGAGACAAGAUAUUGGCGAUUAAUGGCCACAAGCUGGAGAACCUUUCACACAGUGCAGCGGUGGAGCUCUUCAGAUCAGCAGGAGAGGACGUGCGGCUACGCGUUCAGCAGAGGCCCACCAUGGCGAUGAAUGGUCCCACCAGCUCCGGGCCAGAUGGGGACUCUUCUGUCUCCUCCUUGGGAAUACUGGUGGCUGUCCUGGGAGCUGCUGCAGCCGUUGCCUUCCUCUACAUGCGCUUCCAGCCACAACUGAGAAGGCACUUUUAACACACUAACUUUCUCAAAGCAUUUUUAACAGCAAAAGCUGGGACUGAACUUUGCUGAAGGCCAAAAAAAAAAAUAUAUGAAGAAGAAGAAACGAACUAGGGGAAAAAAAAGUAAGCCAUGUUUCAGGAUUUAUAGUUGUUCAUAUCGUUAGAAUUCUGCAUCUUUGUUUUUAUUAUUUUUCCUGUGUAUUUUGUGAUUAUCAUAGUUGCUAAACGUAUGUUGUUUUCUUGCCACAGGGAUAACACCAAUGACAUGAGAUAAUGAGCUAACUUUGUCAUGGUCAAACAAAGAAAAAGAAAGAUGUAGGCUUCACAAUGAACAUGGCAUUCCUACUGCUGAACGGAGCUGUGCCCCUCAGACAGAACCACGUGGUGUGGAUAGAAAGCGUGUUUAUUCCAAAGAUAUCAUUUAUAUCCGUCAGGAGGAGAGAGAUUUAUUUGUAGAGUUGAGCCCUGACUCACUCUAGGGGCCUGCUGGCUCAUUAUUUUCCUGUUCUCACAGGGAGGUUUUGGAAACGGAAAGGCCAUGUUGUGUUAAGUCACUCAGAGGAGCCUUUGUAACUGAAUGGCUGAUCUGUUUUGGGGGGAGCCAGUGGGCUAUGAGAACCCACUCACUGUAUUUUGAUUUGGCUAGUCCUUCUGUACAGAUGCAUAUUAGCUAUGUUUUGUUUUCAUCUUUCCUUUGUCCUAAAACCGUCUCUAUAGCAACAAUACUUCCGGUUGCAGUAGCUGUAUAUAUGUGAAGGUAACGUUUGGGCUCCUGGCGUUGGGAGGUGGUUCAAACUAGUCACACUGACGAGGUGGUAUGUUCAAUCAGCGAUGCGCUGUGAACAUAGUAGCCUGGUUCCAGAUCUGUUUGUGCUCUUGCCUAUUUCUUUGCUGUCCUCAUCAAGCCAAACAGUUUGGCGUGACAAGGAGUUAGCGCUAUAGCACAAACCGACUGGCACUGGGGCUGACGUAAACCAGGCAUCCCGUGUUAUGUCCCUGAAAGAGAGAUGGUAUUUUAAAUGCUUCCAGGUUCACAUCGAGACUUGGGUUAUUGUUAAAAGUAAUUCAAGUAUUUUCUGUUAAUCUAAUCCAGGCAUGUGCUCACUUACACAUUAACGGCAGUAGGCUACAUGUUUUAUGGAAAGGGAAAUAUAUCGCUUAAUCUAUUGCUUUCGUUUGUUUGCAAAGGAAAACAAAAUAUUGUGACUUUCGAACGAAUAUGACUAUAGGUCCAACAACUGUAUGUGGAGCCGUUCUGUUGAUCCAACCCUCUGAUAAAGUCCUGAUGCUGCCACCUAGUGAACGUUUAGCAUUCCCGCAGCUCAUCCGAUCACUGUAAUAGAGGGUGGACUAAAUAGGUGUCUAAGGUGAGCGUAAGGCCGUUUUGUCAUAGGGUUCGUUCGUCCUAAAUGGCACCGUAUUCCCUAUGUAGUGCACUACUUUUCACCAGGAACCAUAUGUAGUGCUGCUGGAGCGCGGGGGAGCGGCGCUCCCUCACUUUUUUCAAUUUGAGAAGUACACGGAGCUGGUAGAAGUAUUUCUGUAAAAUGUAAUCUGAUACAUUCCAAAUAUUUAUUUAAUUACCACUAAAAUUCCAUGAAAAACGAUAGAAUGACAAACCAAAUAAAUAUGUAUAGCAGCCUAAAGGAAACCAACUCGCUGAGCGCGCUGCCGAACUGCAGCAACAAGUGGCAAAACAUAGGGCGAGUUCUUUCCUGGUCCAACACGCUCUGCGCUCACUUCGAGCGGGACAAAUCCUACGUAACAAGAACACACAGACAGAACUACGAGGGGGUUGCUAAAAUGGCUGUCCUCAAAACCAUUGUAAUGGACUUGGGGCUCAUAUACGACGCACUUAAUGAACUCACCUUGUCUGAGUGUAGCCUAUGUCUGCUUUAAUACGCUCACGAAACAGUAAUUCAAGAAGAUCUAAAUUCCCAUGACACCUUUUGGUAUUAACUGUAUGUAGGUGCGUGUGUGUCACCCUGCUAACUAAUAAGAAGCUAAUGAGUUCAAUAAGUACAUGCCAAGGAAGAACAGACCAGGACAGUAGCAAUGUAAUGCAAAAUGCUGUGUGUUUUGAUAAUGUUUCGGGCACCUAUUAAAAUUCAUGUUGAAUUUGCGUGCACCAGCAUGAAUCAUUGUAAUGUACAUUUAGACUGUUCAUGCGGUCACCUUGGACAGGAGUCGGGGCACCCAACUGGACCCUAGCCAGCCAGCUGUCCCAGACUUAGGACACUGACUGUCCCUUCACUUGAGUACAGAAUAUCACCUCUCCAAACUGAUUGUUUGUUUUCAAAAAGGCAUUGAUGAUUAUGAUUAUUGAUAUAGCAAAUGAAUUGCUGUGGGGUUUUGGACAGAUCUCUACACUUUUACCCAUUAAACAAGAAUCAAGCUAGUAUGAAAAUGAGAUUACAUGUAAACAAACAAAAAAAGCUGUCCUCUUCAUGUAUGUUUAUUCUGCUUCUGUGUGUCCACCACCAGUUUGGUGUAGGAUAGUUCCACUUUUGAUCGAAUGAAACCUUGCCAUGAAUUGUAUUGAAUUGGGUCAGUGAACUUUGUGGAGCAGAAUAAAUUGUUUCCCUAUGCCCACUUGUCUUCGACCCCAGACUAAAGCUAAUUGACUCUGCAAACGUGAGGGAAUAAGAAUGCACAUUGAAAUUGUGAUGAGGUGAUAGACCAACUUUUAAGAUGAAAGAUGAAAUUAAAGUGUAACAAGUUAUGUUUGUACCAGAUAUUUUCUAGACAAGGAGGUUGAAUUGGCAGCUUUUAGGGUGGCGAAAUUGAAUUAACCUGAGCGACAGUCUGUUUGUGCUAUCGUGUCAAGUUCUUGUCAUUCAUUGGCUUGACGAGGAGCAAUGGGAUGCCAUCAAGUAGAAGUGUUGCAUCAAUGUGCAGCUAAUGUAUGUCUGUCUAAUUGUGUAUUUAUUGUGAGCACUGACAACAUUUUACAUUUAAGCCAUUUAGCAGAUGCUCUUAUCCAGAGCGACAUACAGUUAGUGAGUGCAUACAUUUUUCAUACUGGCCCCCACCCCGUGGGAAUCGAACCCACAACCCUGGCGUUGCAAGCGCCACGCUCUACCGACUGAGCUACAGGAGCCCAACAACAAGCGCUUGUAGAGCCUGUGGUGGGCAAGAAUCUAAAGGGAAUUAAUGGUAUUAUAUGGAGUCACUGGGGUGACAAUAACAAUGACUGUAAUCUAGGGUAUGUCCCAAAUGGCUCCCUAUGUAUACUUAAGGCUCUGAUCAUAAGUAGUGCACUAUAUAGGGUGCCAUUUGGGAUAAGACUGUAUUUUGUUUUCAUUUAAAGCACAUUUGGUGUGUGUUUGUGUGAAAUAACUCACUUCCAUUAUUUCGUCACCUUUUAUUAUGAAUUUUCUGUAAGAGACAUACUGAAUGCAGCACAUUCAAGUUCACAAAUCGUGUAUGUUUUGCCCCUGUAUCGUUGUUAGCCAGUGCUAUAUUUUUUUGGAUGAUCAAUGUGAUGCAUUGUAUAACUUUUGCCUUAAAAUGAAGCAGUGUAUUUGUUUUCAAAUUGAAUAAAGAAAUCAUAAAUGAAUAAACCUUUAUGGUCA